GUAACUACUUGACAUUUAUUUAUUUAUUAUUGAAGAAUUCCUUUCCCGUUUAUUGGUUCUUCGUGUUCUUCUAGUUCUUUCAAUCAAAUUGAAUUCACAGAGACGCCAUAAACGAAACAGGAAUUCCAGUUUUUCUCUAAAAGGAAAGUAGAGGAAGGAAAAAAAAAAGAGGGAGAGAAGAACAAUGAAGACUUCUCUUAGAAAGCUACGAGGGUUUGCUCUUCACAAGCACGGUACGCUCGGAGACCCUUCCAAUGACCGUACGGAUAUCCGCACUCUCGCUCAAUUGGACGAGCUCGCUCAGGCUUCUCAGGACAUGGGGGACAUGAGAGAUUGCUAUGAUAGCUUACUUUCUGCUGCUGCAGCAACAGCUAAUAGUGCUUAUGAAUUUUCGGAGUCAUUGCGGGAAAUGGGUGCUUGCCUUCUGGAGAAAACUGCAUUAAAUGAUGAUGAAGAGAGCGGUAAAGUUUUGCUCAUGCUGGGAAAAAAGCAGUUUGAACUGCAGAAACUUGUUGAUACCUAUCGUUCUCAUAUAUUCCAAACAAUCACGGUCCCAUCAGAGUCCCUUCUCAAUGAACUUCGAACAGUUGAGGAGAUGAAACGACAAUGUGAUGAGAAAAGAGAUGUAUAUGAGCACAUGAUAACAACAUACAAAGAAAAGGGGAGAUCAAAAGGUGGGAGGGGCGAGAGUUUUUCUGCACAGCAGCUACAAGCAGCUCAUGAAGAAUAUGAGGAGGAGGCAACUCUCUUUGUCUUUCGUUUGAAGUCUCUUAAGCAAGGUCAAUCCAGAAGUCUUCUUACACAGGCAGCAAGGCACCAUGCUGCUCAGCUGUGCUUCUUCAAGAAAGCUCUAAAGUCUCUUGAAAUUGUCGAGCCACAUGUGAAAUCAGUCACUGAACAGCAACAUAUUGAUUACCACUUCAGUGGGCUUGAAGAUGAUGAUGGUGAUGAUGGUGAUGAUGUAGAGGAUGAUGAUGAUACGCAUGAUGGGGAGUUGAGCUUUGACUAUUCACAACAUGAUCAUCAGCAAGAUGAUGUUUCUACAUCUAAAAACUCAAUGGAGUUGGAUCAGGAAGACAUUACAUUUCCCAGUGUUGCAAGAUUAGAAACUUCGAAGGACAAUCUGAACAGAAGAUACAGGCGUUCCUUUUCUUAUAGGGGAGAAUUCAGGCCAGGCAGCCUAUCAGCACCACUGUUUUUUGAAAAUAAGUCUGAUCCAUCUGAAAAGAUGAAGCAAAUGCGGCCAUCGUCAACGCAUAAAUUCAACACUUAUGUACUACCCACCCCAGGUAAUACAGAAAGUUCAUAUUCUACGGGAACAGGUAAUGCAGUUCGUCGUACAUUACAAGCAAGUUUGAGUGGCCGAUCAAACAAUUUGUGGCAUUCAUCACCCCUGGUACCAAAGAAAUACGAAGAAAUGUUGGGUAAUGAGAAAUCUUCACAAUUCACUUUGAAAAGUGCGCACUCAGUUCUCAGAGAAAGCAACAGUAAUACUGCAUCCAGUCAACUACCUCCACCUUUGACUGAUGGGCUCAUAAUUUCCCAGCUUGAUCCACUGGCAGCUUCCGAUUCCAAAAAAGCCAAAAGACAGGCCUUUUCUGGUCCACUUAUGAGUAAGCCAUGGCCUAAGCCUGUGACAGUGGAGCAUCCUCAGCUGUUCUCAGGGCCUCUUUUGCGCAAGCCAGUGCCUCAAAAACCAUCAGUGUCUCCAAAAGUAUCUCCGAGCGCUUCCCCUACUCGUAUGUCAUCACCCAAAAUUAGUGAGCUUCAUGAGCUGCCAAGGCCCCCUUCCAUUCCAACUUCAAAGUCUUCAAGACCAAUAGGAUUGGUUGGUCAUUCAGCUCCCUUGAUGCCCAGAGGUCAAGUUCUUCCCCGGACAAAUAAAUUUGUGGCACCAAAUGCAGCAUCUCCACUGCCAACCCCUUCUCAGGCCAUGACUCGCAGUUUCUCCAUACCGUCAAGCAGUUCUAUGGGGACAACAAUGCAGGUGCCCAAGUCAGUUGAAGUCUUGCAGACUGCAGAUAUGGCUGAAGAAAUUGCCUCGCCACCUCUAACACCAAUCUCCUUACAUGUAGACCAGAUACAAUCUGGUGGCUUAGAGAUUGCCAAUCAAACUGUUCAAAGUGGGCGUAAUUCCAGAGCCUCGUAGCCUUUUAUCCGUUUAAUUGGUCACCUGCUGCAUACACAGUUUUAUUGUCAAGGUGCAGGUUGAUUUAGAGAUAAUUUUGGUUCUUGUUUUGGCAAUGGAAAGCUUUGCCGGAAGGUCGUCUUUCAUCAGUUCAAAGAGCUGCAAAUUGUAAAUAAAAUCUUACCCUUCUCUCUUCUCAUUAUCAUAUUGUUAUCCACGUUUUAUAGAUCGUUGUUGAUCUCUUUGUCGUAACUUCAUCAAAUAAUAGCUCAGGUGUUCAAUCUUUCUGAGGAAUUUUGUAUUUUGCCCUCGGGUUUAAUUGUCAAAUUCCACUUCUUUAAAUUUCUUCA